CAUACAUGUUAUUUAUCCCUGGCUUUUUGUGUAUGUGUGCAUGUUGUUUAUCCCUGGCUAUUUCUGAAGCAUCUGUUAAUAUUUGUCACAGCACAGAGGAAAUGCUGCUUUGAAGGUAUCUCAGACCUAACUUUCUUACUGAAUAGUUCAAUAUAUGGCACAAUCAUCUUCCAGCCACUAGAGGUGCCCAGAAACCUGAAUUCUCUUUCUUUAGAUUCUCAGUAGGUUAGAACCCACUAUGUAGCCUGAGCUACCUGGAAUUCAGUCUUGCCUCAGGCUAGUAAAUGUUGGGAUUACAGGCUUGAGAAACUAUACCUGGUCUUGGCUCCUCUAUCUUCCAAACCUUUAUCAAGUAGGUCUCUAAGUCUUGUUCAGUUUCUGUAUCUUGGGUCCUAUUCCUCAAGCCAUUACAGUCUCUCACCUGAAUGACUGUGGUCCUGUCUCUUCUGCAUACCACUCUGCCUGGGAGACAGACAUUCCAGCCAUGUUGUGACUUUGGCUCAGACCAUGGAUAAUUUGGCUGUUCUGCUAUAGGUAUGUGUUCUCUUAGUAUCCAUUAGUGUUCCAGGGUCUGGCAUAGACUUUUAAAUGUGGGUGCAUACAAAUACCUGGGACAUUUACUAAAGCCGUGGAGAUCUUGACGGAAUCUUUCAUAGGGUUCAUCUUCUGUGGCUAAUUGAGCUAUACCUGGAGAUGACAGCCAUUGGUCUGCUAGCCCUAAGCCACCGUCAGCUUCUGCAGUGGGCCAUGUCCUCUUACCCAUUUGUGUCACUCAGAUCACAUUCCUCUGAGAUUUAUCUUGCAGGCUGCUCUCCCUGCCUCUUCUGGCCCCUCUCUCUGGUCUUAGUCGGUAUUUUCUUUGUGUUUACGUCCCUCUGAUUUCAUGCUGUUUACCUGUCGUUACUCCACACUGAACUCAGAGGCCAUUGGAAGAAAACUUUAACGUGAGACUUGUUUAGCAGUCUGCAUAGCACACAGUAGAUUUUUAAGUAUUUGUGAAAAAAUGAAGGGAAUUUUCUGCUGGGACUUUCAGUAAGGAAUAAUCUUCCCUUCUUUGUGCAUUCAUGGACAUUUCCUGUGACCCCAUCCAAACAUUUUUGCUGUCAUUACUAAUUUGCAAGAACAACCAAGCUUGAUCUGGGCAGUCCAUUCCAGAAUAAAAACAGCUAGUGAUUGAAUGUCAGGCAAAUUCAAGAUGUUUGACUUCUUCAUCUGUAAAACAUAGGGAUGGUAUUUACUGCACAGUGGUAUUGCUGAAAUCCAAUAAAAUAGCUCUUGUCAGCUGCCUGGCCCAUGAGUUCCUGAGACUGUAACAGGGCUAAAUACUUUGCAUGCAAAGUCCAGCUCUGCUGUUCGUUAGCUGUGUGCCUUGGUCAUCUUAUGGUCCUCAGAAGCCUCAUUCGGAGAAUGGACAAAUCAUGAUUGUCCUUAAGGAGCACUAUUUUAUUAUCCCUAAUGUUAUUACUGAAGGUCACAUGAUUGCAGCUAUACUAAAAUUUUGUCUCAUGUUCUGAAAACAAUCUUGAAUAAUCUAUAGGUUAUCAUUUGUAUGUAUCAUUUAGCCUGUCUUCUACACAGGCACAGUAACUAGUGAGUUGCAUACUCUGCAGGCCAGUCUCUCCCCCCACCCCCAGUGGUGUAUACCCAGUGACUGUCCUCCGUAAACAUGUAGGUACAUUCUGAGCAUAUGCUUUCCCUGUGUAAUAUGAACACUGUCCACCUCCUCUCUGCCUCAGCUAGGUAGUCUUUUCAGAUUGUCUUGCCCAGGAUGUUCAGAGAGGCCACAGCCUUGGCCUGUCCUGCUCCAAAAGGACAAAACAGACUCAGCUUUGUGAAAGUUGAAGAAGAAAAUGUUUGGAGGCAGGACUUCAGUCUUCAGGGAAACCUCCAGAGCCAGGAGGUUUUCCGCCAGCAGUUUAGACAGUUUGGCUACUCUGACUUCACUGGGCCUCGGGAGGCUCUGAAGCAACUGCAGAAGCUUUGUCAGCAGUGGCUGAGGCCAGAGGAGCGCUCCAAGGAGCAGAUCCUGGAGCUGCUGGUGCUGGAGCAGUUUGUGGCCAUCCUGCCUAUGGAGCUGCAGGCCUGGGUGCAGGAGCACAGACCUGGAAACGGAGAGGAGGCUGUUACCCUGUUGGAGGAGCUGGAGAGAGAAUUUGAUGAACCUAAACAACAGGACACAGCUUCUGGCCAAGAAAUGACACUCAUGGGAACACAGAAACCUCUGAGUAGCCCACUGCAGUCCUUGGAGGACCACUGCAGGAGUGAACUCCAGGAGUCUCAGGUUUUCCAUGAGAGAGAUGAGGCAACCCUACCAUUUAGGGUUGAGGAUGAAGAUAGCAAGAUGGUGACUGACAAAGUACUGACAGCAAAGCAAGAAGUUAUUGACCGUGUUACAUCAGUGGCCAUGGCAUCUCCAGGAAGACUUCCUAGGGACUCUUCUCCAGUACAGAUAGUUGAAGAAACUAUGGGAUGUCUGGACAACAAUAAGCAAAGAGGAAGUGAUGAUGCAAGCAACAAAACGAGUCCACUUUCUUCCCAGGAAAGCUAUUUCAGUCUGGCAAGUUUUAACAAGAAACCCCCCACAGAACAGAAUACCUUCGAGUGUGAUGAAGGUGAAGGAAUUCUCAGUCUAAACUUGCACGGUACUGUACUGUCCAGAACUCACACAGGGAAACUGCUCUAUGAGUGUUUGGAUUGUGGGAAAGCUUUUUACCAUAGGUCAAAGCUGAUUAGACAUCAAAGAAGUCAUACCGGAGAGAGACCUUAUGCAUGUAAAGAAUGUGGAAAAGCCUUUGGUUUCAGAACAGAUCUUGUUAGACAUCAGAGAAUUCACAGUGGUGAAAAACCCUAUAAAUGUUGUGACUGUGGGAAAGCUUUCAGGGGCAGCUCAGGGCUCAUUAGGCACAGGAGAAUUCAUACUGGAGAGAAACCUUAUGGUUGUGAAGAAUGUGGCAAAGCCUUCAGCCAGAGCUCCACUCUCAUUCAGCAUAAGAAGAUUCACAGUGGAGACAAAGGCUAUGCAUGUACUGAAUGUGGUAAGGCUUUUAGGAGAAGUUCUGUUCUUAGGGAACAUGAAAGAAUCCAUACUGGUGAGAAACCUUACGAAUGUAACAAAUGUGAAAAAUCCUUUAAUCAAAGCUCAGCCCUCACCCAGCACCAGAGAACCCACUCUGGGGAAAAACCUUAUGAAUGCUAUGAAUGUAGGAAAAUAUUUAGGCAUAGGUCAGGGCUUAUGCAGCAUCAGAGAGCACACACCAGAGUUCAACUCUGUGGGUAAGAGUUGUGUAAUUAUGAAAUGUAAGGAAUUCACUUUGAAGGGGAGAUUCCACAAAAAUUAUAAGUUUCUUGACAGCAAGACUUUUUCUUUCCAGCCUAGUUCAAUCCUGUUAAGAAAUCCACACAAACAGCUUACAUAUUGAAAGUUUUAUCUAGAUCUUGUCUGCAAAGACUGGUAAAAAGACUGACCCACUUCUGAAUGAGGACUCUCACCAAUAUGUUCUUCAUCCAUUCCCCACUACAGAUAGAACUGUCAUUGAGCACCUUCAUGUGAGUCCAUGACUGCGGAUCCUGCAAGAUCUCCUUAUAAAAUGGCAAAGAUCACUGUCCAGCCAAAGUGUUUUUGUCUGGCAGGAGUGCAUUUUUUUUAAAUUACUGAAGUCUGAAAUGUUGAAUUGAGGCUAUGGAAUGUCAUGUCCUGGAUCGGUCUAAUAUCUGAGGAAUGGAAGCUGUCUGCCCCACUGCCAGUUCUUUCAACCCUGAGCUUCCUGUUGUUGUCUACUUCCUUAUUGGUACCUCCUGGGCUUAACCAUUGGGAGAAAGACUUGAUCACUGUCCCCUCAAAAUUAAGGGCUAAUGGAAUAUACAAAUUUAUUAAUCAAGUAAUUCUGAUAAGAGUGUGGCAAUAACUUUGCCAGAUAAAUGUUGGAAGAUAUUCAGAGAUGCUUUACCUGGUUUACAAAUUAACUAAAUAUUUCCUUGGGUGUGAUAUCUCAUUUGAGACCUAAAAUACAGAAGUUAGCCUGGCUAAUGGCAGAACAGAGGCAGAGUUCAUAUAAUACAUACGUGGAAUGAUGAGAAGAGAGGAUCUGGAGACAUUCCUGGUUCUUCAAUUCCUGCUGGAAUUUUCUUUGAUUCCAGUUUAGAAGCCAGGUUGGUUUCUUUUGCAGUUUGUAAUAGCCUGAGUUGGAUAACCUGUUUCAGAUCACAAGACUUUUAUGAUCUGGAAGUAUUCAGUUAGCACGGUAACUAGUGUUUCUAAUGUAAAAUCAGACAUGUAUACCAAGGAAACAGGCAUACACUGGAAGCUGAGGACAGUGAAAUCUGGAGUCUCUCAGCGUUAGGUUUGCAGAUGGUAAGCCACUUGAGGGAAAUACACAUUGAGUCAAUCUCUCAGACUCUACAAAAGUUUAAUUUGGCAGUUUUAAUUAACCCACAAUUGCUGAGGGUAAUUUUUACUUAGGAAAAUGCACCAUUUUUGAAGGUUUGGUAAUAACAGCUAUUGUGAAUAGAGAUAAAAUUGGAUAUGGUUCUCACUUCCAAAGGAUGUGCAAUUAUGUAAGAUCUGACUUAAAGGGAUAAUUCAAGUGGACAGUAAAUUCUUUCUUAUAGGUGACAAGUGAAUUAGUCAAUGUUUUUAGUAUCAUUUAACCCUUUUUCUAAUUGCGAACAUUGAAAAGUAUCAAUCAUCCAUAAUUCUUACCCAUAGCAAAGUUAACUUUUGAAUACUCCCUACUAAUGUUUUUCUAUAAUCCUAACAUUUCUGGUAAAAAUCUCUAGUACAAUUUUUUUUUAUAAUUUUAAUAUUUUGUUUAAUAUGCACUCCAGUUGCUUAGUAUCAGCAUGUAAUGGAAUGUAUUGUAAUAAAAUUGAAAUUUUAGUUUUGCUUUUAAAUCAUUCAGGUAAAAACACAAUAGGAGUGGAGUUAGGCUGGAGGGUAGGAA